AUGCCAGGAGUCACGGAUACCCGCAAGUCCGUGCUGAUCACAGGGUGCUCGCCCGGUGGUAUUGGAAACUCUCUUGCUCGCGAGUUCCACCGCAAUGGAUUGCGCGUGUUUGCUACGGCUCGACAGGCCGCUACCAUCGCUGAUUUGGCCGGGCUAGGUAUCGAGACAUUGAGUCUGGUCGUCGAUGACCAGGAGAGUGUCAAGGCAUGCUUUUCCGACGUUGAGACCAGACUGGGUGAUAAGGGUCUUGAUUAUCUCGUAAAUAAUGCCGGCCGAAACUAUACUGUUCCCGCCAUGGAGGUGGAGUUGGAAGAGGCUCGUCUGACCUUUGAGACCAAUCUCUUCUCCGUCAUCAGCAUGUGCCAAACUUUCCUGCCGCUGCUGAUCAAAGCCAAGGGUACCAUUGUACAGAUUGGCUCUAUUGCUGGAAUCAUCCCCUACGUGUUUGGCUCAGUCUACAAUGCCUCCAAGGCUGCUCUACACUCAUUCAGCGAUACCCUCCGUGUCGAGUUGGCUCCGUAUGGUGUCAAGGUGAUAACCGUCGUGACCGGCGGCGUACAGUCUCGCAUUGCUCGUACGGAGCGCACCUUGAAGCCAAACUCUCUGUACAUGCCCAUCGAGGAGGAGUACAACCGUCGUGUGGUGCAUAGCCAACACAAUGCCAUGCCCAAUGAGAAGUAUGCACGCAGCGUGGUGAACCAGGUACUGUAUGGAUCAGCACCGUGGCGCUGGCUCUGGCCCUGGGCACAGGGUCGCAAGACCACGAUCUGGGAGGGUCACCGUAGCUGGGUUAUUUGGCUGUUGGUGGGUGGAUUUGCCUGGAAUGGGCUCUUUACCCGAGUCAUGACCAAUAUGUUCAAGUUGUGGAAGAUUAAGGCGGCGUUGAAGAAGUAG